AUGUUCGGAGCAUUCAAACCAUCUGCCCCACUCUCGGGCGGCUUGCUAUGGAAAAUCCCCUACCGACUCUCAGCACCACAGAAGCUUCGCCAUCGAAGACGGUUACGGCAUGUCGACAACGUAGUCUCAACCCUCGACAACGCAUUGAAGCGGCAGACGCCCUCAAUGGCGCAGGCAUCACAACACUCUACAACAGCUGAGCCCGCCCAGCUACCCAACCAACACCAAUAUCAGAGCGGCGCAUCGGGCAAGGCUACGCCAGAGGAGCUGUCAGCUACGGCGGAAGGGCAGCGGAUGAUCGAGAGAGAGGUGAAUGCAGAUCAAGAGGCGCGGCGGCAUGGGCGGGGACCUAGACAGGGCGAGAUGGUGCCGGAGUUCACAGAGCAUGGAGUGGAAGUGCCCAGCACGCAGCCUUUGAUUGAACAAGCGCGGAUGCAUGGCACGAUCAAGUUGAUAGAGAGGUGGAAGGCGGAGAUGCCGACGGAGCAGGAGAUGUUGCCGCGGGAUAAGUAUACCAUGUUCGACAAGAAGGCGAAGAAGUAUCGGAAGGGGGUGCACAAACUCCCUAAAUGGACUCGAGUGUCCCAACGACUCAACCCACCAGGCUUCUAG